AUGUCGGGCACAAACAAGCGAAAAUUAUCCACUAAAACAUUAAGCACCAAGUAUGAAGCACUCAAGAAGAUCGAGCAUGGCAUUCCAAAAAAGGACGUCGCUGCUGAGUAUAAUGUACCUCGCAAUACUUUAUCCACAUGGUUGAAAAAUGAAGAAAAAAUUGUAAAUGCUUUUGAGAGUGGAAACAAUCGUUCUACGCACAAGUUAAAAUCGAGUAACUAUGAAAAUCUGGAUAAGGCUGUUUACAAAUGGUUUGUAAAAGUAAGGGACGAGGGAUUACCUGUGAACGAUCCAAUACUAAAAGAGAAAGCUAUAAAGUAUGCUGAAGAACUAGGCAUAGAAAACUUCAAAGCAUGAAAUGGCUGGUUUCAGCGAUGGAAGGGUCGGCAUGAAAUAUCUUUCAAAACUGUUUCAGGUGAAGCCAAGUCGUGUACUGAAAAAAUGACCACGUCCUGGGAAGAAUCGACUCUUCCAACUAUUUUCUCAAACUAUGAGCUUCGAGAAAUAUACAACGCAGAUGAAUUUGGCCUCUUUUACAAAGCACCUCCGGACACACCAAAGGUGGGAAGCAUAGUAAAGCUCGAUUAACAGGCCUAGCAGCUGGUAAUGCAGUAGGCGAGAAAUUACAAUGUUUGUCAUUGGGAAGUCGAAAAAAAACCUGGUGCUUCAAAGGAGUUAGAAACUUGCCAGGUAGAUAUCUGUCUCAAAAGAAAAGUUGGAUGGACAGCGCAUUUUUCGAGGAAUGGGUCUGUGAACAAGAUCGUAAGUUUGAAUGCGAAGGCAGAAAAGUAGCGCUUAUUGUAGAUAACUGCCCUGCCCACCCUACCAUAUCUAACCUGAAGGCUAUUAAUUUGGUGUUCCUGCCACCGAAUAGAACAUGCAAGAUGCAACCAAUGGAUCAAGGCAUCAUCAGAUCAAUAAAGGCGUUUUACUGUGGAACAACUGUCCGCAAGUACAUCGACGCUGUGGAAAAGGGAAUGUUACCUCCGAAAUUCACCAUUUUGGAUGGUAUGAUGAUCCUGACAGGCGCUUGGAAUAGAGAAACUGUGGAGACAGUUUGGAAUUGCUUCAAGAAAGCUGGCAUUGGCAGUGAAGUGCAGCAAAGUGCUGUUUGUGAUGCUGAUGACCCAUUCAGUUUUUUAAGCGAGGAGCUGGAGUCUUUGAGAGAAAGCUUCCCAGAGCUUGUGUCAACCUGUGUAACCCUAUAUGAUGUAAUCGGUACAGAUAAAAACGUGUUAACCUUGAACAUGGAAUCCUUGACUGAUGAAGAAAUCCUAGCAGAGUUUCGUGACGAUGAGAUUGAAAUGCUAGAUGACGGCCCCUACGCAACCUGCUACAAGUGA